AUGUACCAGGUGGACCACAUGUACCAGGUGAACCACACUCACCAGGUGGACCACACUCACCAGGUGAAUCACACUCACCAGGUGAACCACACUCACCAGGUGGACCACACUCACCAGGUGAAUCACACUCACCAGGUGAAUCACACUCACCAGGUGGACCACACUCACCAGGUGGACCACACGCACCAGGUGGACCACACGCACCAGGUGGACCACACUCACCAGGUGGACCACACGCACCAGGUGGACCACACGCACCAGGUGGACCACACUCACCAGGUGGACCACAUGUACCAGGUGGACCACACUCACCAGGUGGACCACACGCACCAGGUGGACCACACUCACCAGGUGGACCACACUCACCAGGUGGACCACAUGCACUGGGUUGGUGCUCAGUGA